AUGAAUAGAAAGUUUUUCCAAAAUAUCAUUAAGUUUUUUCUUCCAAGUUGUUCCUUUGAAAGAGGAUUUUGUUCAUCUAAUUCUUCUUCUAAGAUAGGAAUUGAAUUAUUAAUUGGUUAG